AUGGAGAACAUAGGUUGGAAGAGGUUUGGUGUGUUAAUAUGUGCAGAGGAUUCAGAGUAUGUGAAAAAUAUCUAUGGAGGUUUUUUUGGGCUAUUCACAAAAAUGUUGGAAGAAGAAAAAGAGACAUGGGACAUGUACAAGGUUUCAUGUGGUGAGUUUCCUAAGGAUGAUGAAUUGAAUCUCUAUGAUGGGUUUGUGAUUACUGGUAGUUGUUGUGAUGCUUAUGGUAAUGAUAAAUGGAUUUGUGAUCUUAUUAACUUGAUUAAGAAAUUGGACUCCAUGAAUACCAAAAUUCUUGGCAUUUGUUUUGGUCACCAGGUACUUUGCCGUGCAUUGGGAGGAAAGGUUGGUCCCUCUCCCACAGGUUGGGACAUUGGUGUGAGAAGCAUAACAUUGUCAUCACAUAUUUGCCCCUCUUCUCUUGAUCUUCCAACAAAGCUUUCCAUCAUCCAAUGUCAUAAGGAUGAGGUACUAGAGUUACCUACAAAGGCUGAGAUAAUUGCUAGGUCAGAUAAGACUGCAAUUGAAAUGUUUAAAUAUGGAGAUCACAUUAUGGGAAUUCAAGGCCAUCCUGAAUACUCUAAAGACCUUCUUUUGCAUCUUAUUGAUCGUCUUACUCAGAGAAAUUUCAUCAUGGAAGAUUUUGCUGUAGGAGCAAGAGAGAGGGCUGUUAUGUUAGAGCCAGAUACAAAUGCAUGGAAGAGACUCUGCAUCAGCUUUCUUAAGAGUGGAAUUUGA